AUGCCUAACUUUGGCGAGACAUCCAUCCCAAAAUAUGGAUGGAGCAAGCCAACGAUCAUCCAAAUCCCUACUGCUUAUCAGCAAUACGUUGCGAGGAACCAAUCCCAAGAGGAUCCAUUCGUUGCUUGUGCUAGGAAUGAACUUCCGCCUCCUGAUGGCUCUCCUUAUGAUGGCCAGGAUGGUCGACCUUAUGUUUUAGAACAUCCAACCCGCUCCAAAUGGAGUAUGGGACGCAAUCUUACUCAUCCUAAGCCAUCUGCCAAGGCGGAUCGCGAUGAAGCGCGCUCUGAAUGGGAGACUGUCGUUGGCGAUGAAGAUGAUGGCCAAAUGGCCAAUGCAUCGACAGCCAAGGCGACACUGAAGAGCUUGGGACUCGUGCCUGAGACUGAUGAUGGCGAAGAUAAUUACGAUGCCAAUGACAGCGAUGCCCGUGAUGUCAAGGGCAAAGGAAAGAAGCCAUGCUUCUCGAGACCUGGCACUCCAUUUAAUGCAUUCGGCUUCUCCAAGAGCCAUGAAAUGCCUGAGCCACGCUCUCUCAGAAUGGACAUGGAGGCGAGCACCCAUCCAUCUGUCGUUUACUGUGGACAUACUGGAUUUGUGAGACAGCCUGUCUAUGGAGGUCCUAGCCAAAGUGCAGGUCCAUCUCGGGCAAGGGGUGGACUUGGUGCCUUCCCCAUCAACUCCAAGACUUCGAGCGACGAGAGCACAGAUCGUUUCAAAUACGAUGGAGAAGCUUACUCGACCUUUUUGCAGCCCUCGAGCACAAGGGAAACUAAAACCUCGAAGCGUCGACCCGCGGCUAGCAAGGAGGAGAUGACACUACUUUCUACAAUCCGACCGCCGUCCAGUCGACCUAGAAGGGGUCAGAAGACCCGCUACCAACCCAGCGCCCAGAAUGGCUCUGAGCCUGCCGUCGAAGAAGACGAUUAUGAGUGCUGGCCGCGAGUUUGCAAUGAUGCUGGCACAGACGCUGAUUGGCAAACCGUCACUACCGGACCAGUCUGCAAGAUGCAAAAUCAAUCCGACUUCGAUCUCAUCAAGGGCACUGGCAGCAGCCUUGCAGAUGUCUCCGACAUUGUGGAGGAACAACCCAACCCGGUUGAGCACCGCAGAGCUCCUGGUACUAUUUCGCACCAACGUAAUCGAUCCAUCCACCGUCGUGAGGCAUUCUUCGUCGAAGAUGCUGCGUGGACCACUCCUCGUAUCAGAAAUGCUCGUGGAGGAGUUUCAAACGCUGGCCGUCGUCGCCAAAGAGUCUUUCCAGAGCUUGCUGGGCCCUCUGGCCGGCGACUAUCAAAUCCUUUUCGGACCCCUCCAGACUGGAAAAAUUCAGGCCGAGUUAUAGAGUUGGAUGACAGCCCUGAGGAGAAUCAGGAUAAAGACUUGAAGAAGACCGUUCAAAAGCAGGCAAUUGCUCCUCCCCUGACGCGCAAUGAUUCUACCGAGACUGUCUGGCCGGCAGUACCUCGUCGUAAGGAAACGGUGAACGAGUUCGACCAGGUUUUCUGCGAAACUCAAGUCGGUGAUUCAACUCUGCCAAGCGAUGAUUCUGCCAACGUGUUCUCCCGCCUCCCGUUCGGUUUAAUCGAUUUGGAAGAGGCUGCCAAAUGCUAUGGCUCUCAGCGAUAUCGCAGCGCGGAUGAAACCAACUCCUUGGCUGAGAGAGCGAGACUUGGACCUCUCUGGUCAGGAAGCUCUGCCGAGGCCGGCCCAUCCUCUUCUAGUGCCUACCGCCUCGGUGGCUCUGGCAAUCCUCCCGUAGAGCGUCCCUCUACUGCAGUAUUUCGUGACCAAGUGGCUCAUAGCCGUCCCACUGCUGAGUUUGACUUCAUCGAUAAUACUCCAACCCCGUCGUCUGCUAUCCUAGGCUCUCUCCGAUCGAUGCUGAAUCCGCAACGAGAGCCAGCCCAAGAAAGCCGAUUUGGACAUUUCCGAGCCGCAGCGGCCUUGGGAGCUAAAUGCCUCCGAAUCAAGGCUCCUCCUCCCGAAACCGACAAUGGCCAACAAUGGGCUGCCCGAAAUGAAACGGGAGGCGUGCUUACUCCCUCUGAGGCUGACUUGAUUGAAUCCGCUCGAGGAGAAAUCAUGGAACGUCGCCGAUUUCCUGAGGAAACGGAGCGCAAGCGCAGAAUCUUGUGCAUUUGCAUCAUGGCUUCUUCAAUCGUUUUCCCACUGAUUGGGCUGCUGGCUUUGAUUGGCAGAUUCGACUCAACCGUUUGUUGGUAUGCCCUUGGAGAGACGCAAGGCUUCACUAAAGAGCAGCGUGGCAUGCUCCUACAGCAGCUCCUCGUCGAGAUAUUUGUGUAUACGAUUGUCAUCGUCUUCAUGGCUCUUCAUUUUUCGGGCAAACUCUAA